AUCGCGCUGCACAAUGGUUUCCAGGCAGUGAAAGAGGGUGAUUCAGCAAGCCACUCUUCUUUUUUUUUUUUUUUUUCAAAAAACCUCCCCUUCUUCUUCUUCUUCUUUUUUUUUUUUAUGGGGGUGGGUGGUGCUUGUUAUAUGCUUACCUUUUUCUUUUCUUUUUUCAUUUUUACAAUUUUCCUUUUUUCUCCUCACCCUUCAAUACCUAGGGGCUUGAGUGAGUUUAAGAUUGGGUUUUCUUGGAAAUCACCUGUCCAUCACUAAUUUUAAACAAUUUCCCCACCUCCAAAGAAUCUAUUCCUUAUUACAAUUUGGAAUGUGGUUAAUGAAAAACAAGUAGGGAGGAUUUCUGGGGCAAACACUGCUGGAUCAGGAUCGUAGUUCUCAAGCACGGAAUGGCUAGCGUGAGGAACACCAAAGGCAGGACCAUCUCAGAUCUUCAUUAUGGCAACUCAUGCAAGAAGCUGUUGAAUUAGAACCAUUUCCUAUAGAUGAGAAACCAUACAAGCAGUGGUAUUUAUGAGCCUCCAUUUAUUGUACUACUGCAGUGAACCAACCUUGGAUGUGAAAAUUGCCUUUUGUCAGGGAUUCGAUAAACAAGUGGAUGUGUCAUAUAUUGCCAAACAUUACAACAUGAGCAAAAGCAAAGUUGACAACCAAUUCUACAGUGUGGAAGUGGGAGAUUCAACCUUCACAGUUCUCAAGCGCUACCAGAAUUUAAAGCCUAUCGGCUCUGGGGCUCAGGGAAUAGUUUGUGCUGCGUAUGAUGCCGUUCUUGACAGAAAUGUGGCCAUUAAGAAGCUCAGCAGACCCUUUCAGAACCAAACGCAUGCCAAGAGAGCUUACCGGGAGCUAGUCCUCAUGAAGUGUGUGAACCAUAAAAACAUUAUUAGUUUAUUAAAUGUCUUCACACCCCAGAAAACACUGGAGGAGUUCCAGGAUGUUUACUUAGUAAUGGAACUGAUGGAUGCCAACUUGUGUCAGGUGAUUCAGAUGGAAUUAGACCAUGAGCGAAUGUCUUACCUGCUAUACCAAAUGUUGUGUGGCAUCAAGCACCUCCACUCUGCUGGAAUUAUUCACAGGGAUUUAAAACCAAGUAACAUUGUAGUCAAGUCUGAUUGUACAUUGAAAAUCCUCGACUUUGGACUCGCCAGAACGGCAGGCACAAGUUUCAUGAUGACUCCUUAUGUGGUUACCCGUUAUUAUAGAGCCCCUGAGGUUAUUCUGGGAAUGGGCUACAAGGAGAACGUGGAUAUAUGGUCUGUGGGAUGCAUUAUGGGAGAAAUGGUUCGCCACAAAAUCCUCUUUCCAGGAAGGGACUAUAUUGACCAGUGGAACAAGGUGAUUGAGCAACUAGGAACACCAUGCCCAGAAUUCAUGAAGAAAUUGCAACCCACAGUAAGAAACUAUGUGGAGAAUCGGCCCAAGUAUGCAGGACUCACCUUCCCCAAGCUCUUUCCAGAUUCCCUCUUCCCAGCGGACUCUGAGCACAAUAAACUCAAAGCCAGCCAAGCCAGGGACUUAUUGUCAAAGAUGCUAGUGAUUGAUCCAGCAAAAAGGAUAUCUGUGGAUGACGCCUUACAACACCCUUACAUCAAUGUCUGGUACGACCCUGCCGAAGUGGAGGCGCCUCCACCUCAGAUAUAUGACAAACAGUUGGACGAAAGAGAACACACCAUUGAAGAAUGGAAAGAACUUAUCUACAAGGAGGUAAUGAAUUCGGAAGAAAAGACUAAAAAUGGUGUUGUAAAAGGACAACCUUCUCCUUCAGGUGCAGCAGUGAACAGCAGUGAGAGUCUCCCUCCAUCUUCGUCUGUCAAUGACAUCUCCUCCAUGUCCACCGACCAGACCCUGGCAUCUGACACUGACAGCAGCCUGGAAGCCUCAGCAGGACCCCUGGGUUGUUGCAGGUGACUAGCCGCCUGCCUGCGAAACCCAGCAUUCUUCAGGAGAUGAUGCGAUGGAACACACACACACGCAGACACUCACGCGCACACACAAACACAGACACGCAUAAGAAAAUGGCAAGGGAGAGAAUCCAAGCCUAAAAUUGAAACAAAUCUUUCAGCCUGCUUCUUCUCCAGAGUUCUGUAUUGCAGCUAAGCUAAAUGUAUAUUUAACUUCUAGUUGCUCUUGCUUUGGUCUUCCUCCAAUGAUGCUUACUACAGAAAGCAACUCAAAUACAAUUAGAAAAGCCUUUUCCAUAAAGUGUAAUUUUAAUGGCUGCAAAACCAGCAACCUGUAACUGCCCUUUCAAAUGGCAUGACAAGGUGUGCAGUGGCCCCAUCCAGCAUGUGUGUGUCUCUAUCUUGCAUCUACCUGCUCCUUUUGGCCUAGUCAGAUGGAUGUAGAUACAGAUCCGCAUGUGUCUGUAUUCAUACAGCACUACUUACUUAGAGACGCUACUGUCAGUGUCCUCAGGGCUCUACCAAGACAUCAUGCACUGGGGUACCACAUGGUCCAUUUCAUGUGAUCUAUUACUCUGACAUAAACCCAUCUGUAAUAUAUUGCCAGUAUAUAAGCUAUUUAGUUUGUUAAUUGAUUAAGCUGUAUGUCUUAUAAGAAAACAUGUAAAGGGGGAAAAUAUGGGGGGAGUGAGCUCUCUCGGACCCUUGAAGAUGUAGCUUCCAAAUUUGAACUGAUUAAAUGGCACCUGUAUACCAA